AAACGCAGCAUUGGCUAAUUUCCGACAAUUGCGACAUUGCUAAUGUGGUAUUGUAAUGAUGGUGAAAUUCCGCAUUAGGGAGUUGGAGAAUGAUGGGACACCGAGGAAGGAAACGAAAGGAAAAAUUGGGUAUGCCUAUUCCUCGAGUGUUUGCGGUUGUACUCGUUGUGCUAAUAAAAUUAGAGUUGUUCUUCGUAGAUUAUUAAACGCUACCUGUGUUGAAUGUUUCAAUGAGCGGAAAAUCUGAUUUAUUAUUUGAUUGUUAUGAGCUCAUUGGCUUAUGGAUCGUGGCACAUAAUGACGCAGAAGAAAAACUUGGAUCUCAGCUGCAGAAGUUUAUAGAGAUUGAGACCCAAAAGCAAAGAUUUCAGUUUUUGGUGCACAAUUUGACGGAACGAUGCUGGGAUGUAUGUAUAGAUAAGCCAAGUUCCCGUCUGGAAACUAAAGUAGAGACGUGUUUGGCAAACUGUGUGGAGCGCUUUCUUGACUGCACAAAUUUUAUUGUUAAUCGCUUGGAGAAAACUCAACAGAAUGCUGGAGUGCCAGAGAUGUCUUUCCAGUGAGGUGUGUAGAAAGUUAUGUAGUACUCGUGUGUUUGAAACUCUGUAAGAUGAUCAGAGAAAUGUAAUAGUUCAAAAGAAACAUACAGGUUAUUACAGUUACUUUUGUGUUUUUAUUGCUUGUCAUUUAAAAUGUUCUCGAGAGUAAAAGGAUUUUUAAGUCGCCAUAGGCGUAAGUUUAUUGUGACUGGAGUUGUGGUAGGAGGCUUAGUUCUAGCAAGUCGUUAUGCACAGCGGAAAUUCAGAGAGUGGCAAGAGAGAGAAACCAGAGAAUUUUUGGAACGCACACGUAGGCAGCAACAUUUUGAGAGUACAGAGCGCACUUGCAACCAGACUAUUCUUUCUCUUUCUCCUAAACUAAUAGAAGCCAUUGCUAAAGGAGUAGACACUGAAGAAUUGGUAAAGCAGUUGAGAAGUGGUCACCCAAACAAACUGCCAAUAUGGGAAGAACUUAAAGUAUUGGCGUUUACCAAAGCAUCAGUUGUUGUAUAUGCUUAUGCAAUGUUGGUUGUAAUGUUGCGAGUGCAACUAAAUUUAAUAGGUGGUUAUAUGUAUCGCCAGCUAAAUGAGGAUGAAACUGACUCGUCAAAUAUAAGUAAUGUUGUACAAGAAAAAUAUUUGUCCUUAGUUCACCAUUUCUUGAGUAAUGGAAUCAAUGAACUAAUUGCACUUGUCCAGAGUAAAGUUCAGUUUGUUAUGGGUGGUAUUCCCUUGAAGCGACGUUUAAAUUUAAAUGAUACUGAGCAACUUUUUUGGGCAUUACAAGCUGCUGUGGGAAGUGACAAGAAGGAUCCUGCAAAGAAUAUGACCAUUUAUGUUCUGCCUAGUGACUCAACUGUUGCAGCUUCGUCCAGUUCAGAAGAAAAUUUACUGAAUACUAUGAUACUUGAAACUACAGACAUUCUGGAAAGUGAAGAAGUGAUCUCCCUUCUUUCAUCCUUAGUAAGCCAGGGAUUUUCAGGUGUUGUAGAUAGAGUGUCCGAAUAUUUUAUUUCAAAUGAACCUAACAAGGCCGCUCUAAAUGCUCCAUCAGGAAAUAAAGAAAUUACUGGAGAUAUUGGUACAAUAUCAAAGAAUGAUAGUGAAACCUCCAUAGAAAUAAAAAAUGGACAUGUUAAUAGUAUUGGUACAUUUAUACAUCCAAACAGUAUUGAUAUGGCCAUGGCAAAGCUAAUUCCAAUCGUGAAUGGUUUAGGACAUGGAUGUGGUCAGAACUCUCCUGAUCCAUGGAUACAACAGCUUGUUUUAGACGACAGAAUUAAAUUAUUUGGUGCUAAUAUAUAUGAAGCUUUUGGGCAUAAGUAACUACAUUUUGUUAAAAGCAUCUGUAUUUUUGUACAUAACUUGGUGAAAGUUGUUAACCUUAAGCUUUUAUUCUUUUCUGUGUACCUGCUGUAGUUACAAGUGUUUUAAGACAGAAACAUUGAUUUCUUUUGUCACAUUCCAAAUGAAUUGAAAAAUGCACAGAAAACUUGUAAUUAUACUGUAGUAUAGAUAUUUCAAAGGUCCUGAUGACUGCUACACUAUUUUAGUACCAACUACUAGUAAAAAGAAAAAAGUCUAUAUAAAGUAUCUUUGUAUGUUCCCUUAACACAAUGUAAUUGGGAACCUCAUGUUAUUUUAAAUCAUCUUUUCUUUGAGCAAAAACAAAAAAGUAACCAGAGUGGAAUAUGGGUCAUUUGUUGUUGGCAAGACAGCGGUGUGGUUUUGUACUGGUUAAGUGAAUUACAAAACCAACUUACAUUGAUUUCAGUUGCCUCGGUUGCACUUGCUACUGGAUUGAUCUUUCACAAAAUACUAAACAUUAAUUUUUUUCUCAUCUUACCAAUGUUGCUGCUUUGGAUGUGGCUUUCCUACUUUUUCCAGGCUUUCGUGGCCUUUAAGUGUAUGAUAUUAGAAAAUGAAGUACCUGAAAGGUUAAACUUAUUGGAAAUUAUUCAUGGAGAAAAACUUGUAUAACCAAUGACUCAUAGCCAGUCAACAUUUUAGGGGCAAGAACUACAAUCCGUAUUAAGUGUAAUUGGUUUUGGGGGAAGUAAAAUUAACUUUGUCUCAAUAUAAUUUUGGAUACCAUAAUGUAAUCACUAGUGAGCAGUGCAUUCAUAAGAUACUGGUCAAAUGAAAUGACUGCUUUUUAGUUCAACCUGGCAAUAAAGUAUUACUGCUUUUCUGUUCA